UGCGCUCGAACCGUAAAGGAAACGCAGGACACUUACACACACACACACACACACACACACGUUUCUCUCACACACAGUUUCAACUCCUUCCUUGUCUGAAUUGUCAUGAAUUCAGCAUCUCUCAGGGAAUGCACUCAACCUUAAACUCAUGACUACAUGUCUUGAGGAUUUCUGUGGGGGUUAGGGAGACACAAGUUUGCCAGCAUGCCUAAGCGGCACUCUUAUGGAAUAUAGCUUGCUGUUUUGUCAGAGCUCCUGCGCGGUUUCUUUUCACCUGGGAAAAAGACUUUUGGUUGCGUGCAUCAUGCUGACACUUUGGGUGUACAUGCUUUAUUGCUGCGUUGGUUACUGCGCGUCCGUGCCGAGCUUCGCCGUGAACUCGGUUGAGAUGAAGCCGGACACUGCUUCUGUGGACCCCUUUAUCAGCUCGGGAAGGGCCAUUUACUCCAGCGCGCACUCGAGGGACUUGUUGAACAACGAGAACGAGCUGGACAGCAGAGCAGACGAAUGGGAUGAGAGCAAGGCUGAGCUAAGAGCAGUGGAAGAGGGGACGGCAGCGACAGGUGCCUACAAUUGGACGGAGACAAGGAAACUGCCCCAGGCCAUCAUCAUCGGGGUGAAAAAGGGCGGCACGCGCGCCUUGCUCGAGUUCCUGCGCGUGCACCCUGACAUCAGGGCUGUGGGUGCAGAGCCGCACUUCUUUGACCGAAACUACGAGAAAGGACUCGAGUGGUAUAGAGAGCUGAUGCCUAAGACUAUAGAUGGCCAAAUCACUAUGGAAAAGACCCCCAGCUACUUUGUGACCAAGGAGGUCCCAGGCCGCAUCUAUGCCAUGUCAAAAGACAUUAAGCUAAUUGUGGUGGUGAGGGACCCAGUUACACGAGCCAUCUCAGACUACACUCAAACACGUUCCAAAAAACCUGACAUUCCCUCCUUUGAGAGCUUGACCUUCAAGAAUGCAACAGAAGGCUUGAUUGAUGCCACAUGGAGUGCGUUGCAGAUUGGUAUGUACGCCCGGCACCUAAAGCGCUGGCUGCAGUUCUUCCCACUCAGUCAGAUCCUGUUUGUGAGUGGUGAGCGGCUAAUAACCGACCCAGCUGGUGAGAUGGCACGUGUACAGGACUUCUUGCAUUUGAGGAGAUUGGUCACUGAGAAACACUUUCACUUCAACCCAGCCAAGGGCUUCCCAUGCUUGAAGAAGCCAGCAAGCAACAGCAGGCCCCAUUGUCUGGGCAAAACCAAAGGGCGCACCCACCCAAACAUCCACCCCACUGUGGUGCGUCAACUGCAAGACUUCUACAAGCCAUUUAACAAAAAAUUUUACCUUAUGACUGGACAAGAUUUUGACUGGGAUUGACAAAUAAUGGAAAAAAAAACUUUGUAAAAUAUUUUAUUUGUGUAAAAAAAAAACAGAAGUCUAUUUUAUGAUAAUUUAUUGCAGUCAUUCGAUUUUUAUGGAAAUUGGUGAACUUAUUAUUUAAUAGGUUUGAGUAAUUGCAUUACCGAAUUGGGAACUUUGUAGUGAAUGACCAAUAGUAAUUCAAAUGAGGAGAAACAUGCCCAAAAAGAAGACAAAAGCACAAUGAAAUUAGUAACGGGUAAACAGCGAGCCAGUCUUGUGUAGAGAAAAUGUGCUUUUUCUACAGUUCAUCCAUCAAGCAAUAGCAUCUCUUUCAGUGUCCAAACAAUUCUUAUCCUUAGAAGUCAUGCAUUCCAGACCAUAAUCAAAUUUUUCCAGGAGACCAUUAUCCCAUAAUUCAUUCUCAUCAUUUGAUUAAUCUCAGAGAAAGGAUCUAUUAGGUUUGGUCAGUUUUGGGUGCCAGCUGAUCCACUACUAGUUCAGGUUGAUCAAUACACUAAAUGAUGCACAACACCAAUUAUGAGGAAAAAAUUAAAAGACCAAAGCUUUAGGGGGAAAAAAAAUCAGCUUGUCAUUAUAGUGAAUAAACCCUGGAAGAUUUCAUAAAAAUAUUUGACCUAGUUUUAUUUGGCAGCAGUGCUUAAUGUGCUUAUUGGAUAUUGUUUUUAUAAUUAUAUUUUUAUAAGUGGACAAUUCUACCUGAAGCCUGGGAACUAUUGAGAAUUUAAACUUGGUCUGCUGUUACCAAAAUCUAUGACUCCUUUUAACCAGGGAGUAAGAAACCUCUCCAUACCAUAAUCAAGUUUUUUUGUGCUUGGGAGGGGAGGUUAUAGUGUCAUGUCCUUAGAAUUGUUUAGGGACAGGAUGGGGAGGACAAAUACUCCCAAAUUCUUUGGCAGAGCAAAGCAGGACGUAUUUAGAUGACCUCAGAAAUGGACUCUGGAACUAAACAUAAUAAAUAAAUAAACUGAAAUGCUGAUUAA